AUGAACAAGUAUCAGGGACCAGUAACAUUCAAGGAUGUUAUUGUGGAAUUCAGCCGGGAAGAGUGGCAGUUACUGAGCGCUGCUCAGAGGACCCUAUACAGGGAAGUGAUGCAAGAGAACUAUGGUCUCCUAAUCUCAGUGGGUUACCGUGUGAAAAAGCCGAAUGCAGUCUUCAAGCUGAAACAAGGAAAAGAACCGUGGAUAUUGGAAGUAGAAUUUCCACAUCGGAAUUACCCAGAAGACCUCUGGAAAAUUCAUGACCUAGGAGCGAAAUACCAGGAAAGCCGAGCUGAAAAUUCAAGGAAUGGAGAACUCACAAAACACCAGCAAACUCAAGCCAGAGAGAAAAUCCAUAAAUGCAAUGAAUGUGGAAAGUCCUUCUGCCAGAAGUCUAUCCUCCUAAUACAUCAGCAUAUUCAUUCAAAGGACAAACCCAGGGAAUGUGGGGAAUCUGGCUCUAGAAAUGGAGACCGCACAGUACAACAGAAAACUCACACGAGAGAGAAAACCUAUGAAUGUAAAGAAUGUAAGAAAACUUUCUAUCACCUGUCAUCUCUUAGUAGACAUUUGAGGACUCAUGCAGGGGAGAAACCCUACGAAUGUAAUCAGUGUGAGAAAUCCUUCUACCAGAAGCCACACCUCGUAGAACAUCAGAAAACACACACAGGAGAGAAACCCUUUGAGUGUAAUGAAUGUGGGAAGUUCUUCUAUGUUAAGGCAUACCUCAUGGUACAUCAGAAAACACACACAGGAGAGAAACCGUAUGAAUGUAAGGAAUGUAGGAAAUCCUUUUCCCAGAAAUCACACCUCACAGUACAUCAGAGAACACAUACAGGGGAGAAACCUUAUAAAUGUAAGGAAUGUGGGAAAUUCUUUUCUAGAAAUUCACACCUCAAAACUCAUCAGAGAACUCACACAGGAGAGAAACCCUAUGAAUGUAAGGAAUGUGGGAAAUGCUUCUACCAGAAGUCAGCUCUCACAGUACAUCAGCGAACUCACACAGGGGAGAAACCCUUUGAAUGUAAUAAAUGUGGAAAAAACUUUUACUAUAAAUCAGACCUCACUAAACAUCAGAGAAAACACACAGGGGAGAAGCCCUAUGAAUGUCAUGAAUGUGGUAAAUCUUUCUCUGUGAAUUCAGUCCUCAGAUUACAUCAAAGGACACACACAGGAGAGAAACCCUAUGAAUGUAAGGAAUGUGGGAAAUCCUUCUCUCAGAAGUCACAUUUUAUCAUACAUCAGAGAAAACACACAGGGGAGAAACCCUAUGAAUGUCAGGAGUGUAGGAAAACUUUUAUUCAGAAAUCAAAACUUACUGCACAUCAGAAGACACACACAGAGGGAAAAACAAAGUCGGCAGAAACUCUCCAGCUGAUUUCUCAAGAAAUGGGCAUGGUGUACACCGGGGAAAAACAAUCUCGAGAAAGGGUAGAGGCACUUUCCCAGCCCAAGCGGCCAGGAGCGGAGCUCCAGCUACCCGCCGCCGCCGCGCCGCGCCGCGCCGCUCCCUCCCUCUGCGCAUGUGCAUCCCCGCCUUCUCCUCCCGGCUCGUCCUUCCCCGGCCUCCAGCCCCUCGUGGGAAACCUUCCCCGGCUUCCGGGUCCACGCGGCGAGGAAGCUGCGGGUGAGCCCCGGGGGGUGGGGGCGUGGGCCGAGGGGGCCCUGCGCGGCUCGGGGGUCCGGCUGGGGCGGCGGUGCCGGGUGGUGGGUAGGAGCUCCGCGGACACCGGAGCGACCCCAGGCGUCAGCGGUGCCUGCGGAGUUGAAGGGACGGCGGGCGGGGGCGUCUCUAAGGGACCAGGGUCCCGUGUGGGAACGUGGGCUCGCGGGCUCGGAGGGCCCACAGGGCCCGCAGAGUGGAAAAUGAACAGAUCCCAGGAACAAGUGUCAUUCAAAGAUGUAUGUGUGGACUUCACUCAGGAAGAGUGGUAUCUGCUGGAUCCUGCUCAGAAGAUACUAUACAGAGAUGUGAUUCUAGAAAAUUACAGCCAUUUUGUCUCAGUAGGAUAUUGCAUUACUAAGCCAGAAGUGGUCUUCAAGAUAGAGCAAGGAGAAGAGCCCUGGAUAUUAGAGGCAGGAUUCCCAAGCCACUGCCACCAAGAAAGAUACUGGAAAGUUGAUGACCUGAUAGAGAGCAGCCAGGACAAUGAAGACGAACAUUUUUGGCAACUUGCUUUCACCACCAACAAAACAUUAAAUGUAGAUAGUGGUGAUAGAGUAAGAAAAGCUUUCAGUCUGGGCACAGAUUCUGUUCCUUCAAGAAAUUUUCCAUGUAAGAUAUGUGACUCGUGUGAAAUGAGUUUGAAAAAUAUUUCAGGCUUAAUUAUUAGUAGAAAGAGCUAUUCUGGGAAGAAGCCUGAUGAGUUUAAUGUAUAUGAGAAAUUGUUCCUUGAUAUUAAGCAUGAGAAAACACCUCCUGGAGGGAAAUCUUAUAAAUAUAAUCAAAAAAGGAAUGUGCUCAAUCAUAGCCACGACCUCAGUCAGCCAAUUUUUGACCCGCCUUCUGAGUAUAAUGAAGACGGACAAGCCUUCCAUGAGGAAGCGGCCUUUUUCACAAACAAGAAAAUACAGAUAGGAGAGACGCUCUGUAAAUAUAAUGCAUGUGGAAGAACCUUCAUCCACAGUUUAGAACUCAGUUUAUCUCAGAGAACUCAUUUGGAGAUGGAGCCAUAUGAAUGCAAUAUUUGUGGGAAGUCCUUCUAUACAGAUUUAAGAUUGGGACAUCAGAGAACUCUUACAGGAGAGACUCCUUAUGAAUACAAUGAAUAUGGGCAAACCUUCUGUGAUAACUCAACUUUCAUUAUCCAUCAGGGAACCUAUACAAGAAAGAUUCCCCACGAAUAUAAAGUAGGUCCUAAAACGUGGGAAAAGUCAACCCUCUUUAAACGUCAGAUAGUACACAUGGGCAAAAAACCUUAUGAGCACAAUGAAAAUGGAAAUAACUUCAACAAGAAGUCACAUCUCACCCAGCUUCGAAGAGGUCACUCAGGAGAAAAAACCUUUGAAUGUGGUGAAUGUGGGAAAACAUUCUGGGAGAAGUCAAACCUCACUCAACAUCAAAGAACACACACAGGAGAGAAACCCUAUGAAUGUACCGAAUGUGGGAAAUCCUUUUGUCAGAAACCACACCUUACCAACCAUCAGCGAACACAUACAGGAGAAAAACCCUAUGAAUGUAAGCAAUGUGGAAAAACGUUCUGUGUAAAGUCAAACCUCACAGAACAUCAGAGAACACACACAGGGGAGAAACCGUACGAAUGUAACACAUGUGGGAAAUCCUUCUGCCACAGGUCAGCCCUAACUGUCCAUCAGAGAACACACACAGGAGAGAAACCCUUUAUGUGUAAUGAAUGUGGGAAGUCCUUCUGUGUGAAGUCAAACCUCAUUGUUCAUCAAAGAACUCACACAGGGGAGAAACCCUAUAAAUGUAACGAGUGUGGGAAAACCUUCUGUGAAAAAUCAGCUCUCACUAAACAUCAGAGAACUCACACAGGAGAGAAGCCCUAUGAGUGUGAUGGAUGUGGAAAAACCUUCAGUCAGAGGUCGGUACUUACAAAACACCAGAGAAUUCACACAAGGGUGAAACCUCUUUCAACAUCCUGAUGUCCAGAAGCCUUCACCCGCCCUUUCAAAUUCUUACACCAUUUUUAAAAAUGAGACGAAUGAAGCCCAAAGAAUGCCUCACAUUACUAGAAAGCGAUGUCUUAUCGUAUUUCAGAUAAUUAAUACUAGCAUAAAACCUUACUGAUAUUUUGAAUAUGUGAAAGCUCUCAAGAAAAACUGAAACUUUUCAUCAGAAAAUUUAUA